AUGGGCUGUGUCAGGAAUAAGAUAGUCAAGAGGGCUGCUCGGACGAUUGCAGAGAAGUAUUUCCAGAGGCUUGACAGCACCUUUGAUCACAACCUGCUUGUUGUGCAGGAUGUUGCGGUUGUGCAGUCGAAGAAGCUGAAGAACGAGAUUGCGGGAUAUCUCACGUCGCUUUACAAGAAGAUUCUGAAGGGGACAUACAACAAGGUCUACAUCAAGAGCCACGAGGAGGAGAGGGAGAGAAAGGAAAACGUAAUUCCGAAGGAGUCGAUGCUUGAUGUCGACUGUGUUGAGGUUGAUGAUGUGACGAUGGAGAUGAUAAAGAGGUAUGGAUAUGAGGGGAACUUCAAGGUUUAUGGAAUGUGA